AUGUGCAUAAAAAUAAAGGGAGUGAGUCACCAUAUAAAACCAUCUGUGUAUGCCAGUCUUGCGGAGUUACUCAUCUUUCUAAUAGACGAUCUGCGUGCAGCCGGCCGCUCGGCGCUCAUGCCCGCUGUGUUCUCUGACUCCGGGAGGAUGGACGGUGUGUCGUUGGGUCUGGUUGCCACACCGGCCUCACCGCGUCCACCAUGUGCCACCGAUUCAGAAGAGGACACGGUGAAUGGAGGGAUGCACACCUUCAACCAGACGCACAUGAGGAAAGCGUUUCAGUUGAUGAACGACCUGAGGAGUAAAAAGAUGCUGUGUGACGUCCAGCUGGUAGCCGGGAGCGUUGAAGUGCCAGCUCACAGGGUGGUCUUGGCGUCCUGUAGCCCUUACUUCUGUGCCAUGUUCACAGGUGAUAUGAGUGAGAGUAAAGCUCACCAGGUGGAGAUCAGAGAGGUGGACGGUCAGACUCUGAGAAAACUGGUCGACUAUAUUUACACAGCAGAGAUCGAGGUCACAGAGGACAACGUCCAGGUACUGCUGCCUGCAGCCAGCCUCCUCCAGCUGAUGGAUGUGCGUCAGGUUUGUUGCGAAUUCCUGCAAUCUCAGCUUCAUCCCACCAACUGCUUGGGCAUCAGAGCCUUUGCUGACCUGCAUACAUGCACACAGCUUCUCAACCAGGCUCAUGCUUACGCUGAGCAGCAUUUUACUGAUGUGGUGCAGGGCGAGGAGUUUCUGAGCCUUUCUCUGCAGCAGGUGUGCAGCCUCAUCUCCAGCGACAAACUCACCGUGUCAACAGAGGAAAAGGUGUUCGAGGCAAUGAUAUCGUGGAUCAAACAUGAUAAACCAGCUCGUCUGGAAUACAUGCCCAAACUAAUGGAGCAUGUGAGACUUCCACUGCUUUCCAGAGAUUACCUGGUACAGAUUGUAGAGGAAGAAGCUUUGAUAAAGAACAACAACACUUGUAAAGAUUUCCUCAUAGAAGCAAUGAAGUAUCACCUGUUGCCUGCUGACCAGCGUCACCUCAUAAAGACUGAUAGGACGCGACCACGAACUCCGAUCAGCAUCCCAAAGGUGAUGAUUGUAGUGGGUGGUCAGGCUCCCAAAGCCAUCCGCAGCGUGGAGUGUUACGACUUCCAGGAAGAUCGUUGGUACCAAGUGGCCGAUCUGCCCUCUAGACGCUGCCGGGCAGGUGUGGUUUCCAUGGCGGGCCGAGUGUUUGCGGUUGGAGGUUUCAACAGUUCGCUGCGGGAGCGUACGGUGGACGUGUACGACGGCACAAGAGACCAGUGGAGUGCGGUGUCGAGCAUGCAGGAGAGGCGCAGCACGCUGGGAGCCGCUGUGCUGGGCGAUUUACUGUAUGCUGUGGGAGGCUUUAAUGGAAGCAUAGGUUUGUCAACAGUCGAGGUUUACAACUAUAAAACCAACGAGUGGACGUACGUCGCCUCCAUGAACACCAGACGCAGCAGCGUGGGUGUAGGGGUGGUUGAUGGUAAACUGUACGCAGUAGGGGGUUAUGAUGGUGCAUCACGCCAGUGUCUCAGUACAGUGGAAGAAUAUGACCCAGUCUCUAAUCAGUGGUGCUAUGUAGCUGAGAUGGGCACACGGCGAAGUGGAGCAGGUGUGGGUGUGUUGGGUGGUCAGCUGUAUGCAGCAGGAGGCCAUGACGGUCCUCUGGUGAGAAAGAGUGUGGAGGUGUACGACCCACAGACCAACACCUGGAGGCUGGUCUGCGACAUGAACAUGUGUCGACGAAACGCAGGUGUUUGUGCCAUUAACGGGCUGCUGUAUGUGAUCGGUGGAGAUGACGGGUCCUGCAAUCUGUCCUCUGUAGAGUUUUACAACCCAGCCACAGACAAGUGGAGCCUCAUUCCCACCAACAUGAGCAAUGGACGAAGUUAUGCUGGAGUCGCAGUGAUUGACAAGCUGUUAUGACGGCAUCUGCUCCGCAUCAGCGAACUGAAGCUCAGCAAGCAAUCGGGAAAGCGGAACAAACACGAGACGCCCUCAGUCUUCAGCUAACGCGAUCGGAAAUGAUCUCAAUCUUUUUUAAAUUUUAUUAUUAUUAUUAUUAUUAUUAUUAUUAUUAUUUUUAUUUAUUUUUUUUAGGGGGGUACAUCUGUUUUGUUUUUCUUGUCAUUUCAAUUCAAGCUGUGUCAGAUCCUGUUUGAGGGCAGUGUUGCACUGGAUAAGAAGCAGCAGCCACAGGAGAGUGGGCUUUUUCAAAUGCUAAGCACACAACCAGCAGCUGUAAUGAGACUCAAAGGAAGGAAGUGAUCCUAGUGGACCAAAUGGAGAUGUACGGUUUUCUUUUUUGGAGAAUUUCCUGGAGAAUUAAAGCUUUGAAACAUCAGCUGAGGAAGGGAAAAAAGAAACAACUUGACUCGAUGGACUGCACAAAGGUUUCAGACUGCUCACAACAUCGUUGAGGCGAUAAUCUCGACGCUCCAAUGCUGGCCUGUGAUUGGCUGCUGCAGGAACAUCAUUCACAAGAUUAUUGUAAUCUGGGUGAGCAGUUGAGACCUUUCUUCUUCUUCCUUUUUUAAAUUAUAGGACUCACCCAGCAACUCUGCUCAACUUUAUUCUGAGGAGUUGAGCUGGUUCGCCUCCAAGAAUCCUGGACCUGGAGAGCUGCACAGUUAGUGUAAAGAAUGUAUAAAAUAUGCAAAUUAAGAGUGAUAUUUAAUAUUUUUAGGGGCUCUGACCUAGGCCGGUUGAUGGGACUUUGCUGUUGUCGACACACUACUGAAGCACUGAUCACUUGCACUGACUGACGCAGAGCGGCGGAGCGGACACACCGACCGACCUCUCUCUGACUGACCAACGAACUUGAUCGCUGACCUGCUGUCAGACAGAUGGACGCUCAGCUGUUUCUGAUCGCACUCACAGGAGCUUUUACAUUCACUUCUUACAGGCCAAUAAUUGUAAAAAAAGAACUGUAUGCCAGUUUGAAUCGUAAUCAAAAAAAUGCUGGAGAUGUUUUUACCGCUUAAGUAAAUUAAGAAUCCAUCGUGUCAAAAAUGCACUGUAGUAAUUCAGCUGUAAUGUGUAAAACAUGCAGAUUUAACAUUUUAUUUAUUAUUAUUAUUAUUAUUAUUAUUAUUAUUAUUAUUAUUAUUAUUUGGUUGACUCUUAUCACAGCAUUUAUCCGCAUCCAAGUCUUAGCAUCAUAAUGUCACUUUGUGCCCCCAUCUGGAUGAUGGUGGGUGUCUUUUAGAUGUAGAUGACUGACUGGUGCCAUGGCUUUUGAUCCGAAGAGAGUUUUAUAAAAAAAAAAAAAGUUUUAUGUAACGUCGACUUUUGUAAUCUCUGUUUUUGAUUUCCCUAAAAUCAUGACAUAAUGGUUAACCUUUCAAAGCAGUCUCACAGAGAACUAUAAAUACUACAUAGUUCUUAAAAUUUCAAACUUGGAGUGACUUGAAUUUGCUCGAGAUAUAUGAAUGGAUCACUGUGACUAUUCCAGUUUGGGGUAGUGAUCUGAAGAGCUAGAGUUCAGCAUCAGGACAGCCUUUAACACUUUAACCUCUACACUGUGUAGUAUCGCAAGUGGCUCGAGCCACGUGGUGCAUUUAGGAGUCCAUGUCACUCAGUGAGGUUGGAGGCUCUUUAUUCCUUCAUGUCCUCUGCUGUGUUUGAAAGCAUUCACCACUUAUGUUAUAGAUCCUCAACGCUGAUUAGGUGAAAUGUGUGUAAAUUUCUUCUUAUUUUUCAGGGCACUACUUAAAGCACAGAUCGCACGCUGAGUUUUAGACACUUAACUAAAAUGGGUGAAACUUUAGAGAGAUGCACUUGGCAGCAAUAAGAGGUGAUUUCAGAGCCUCCCAUCAGCACUUGAACGCAUCACCAAGUAUUUUUGCUUUCUUAGAUCUUUUCUUCACCUAAAAAAUAAAACCUACUCACACUUGCAUCUGUCUCGAGCAAAUCUAAGUGUUUAUUAGCGGACGUUCACAUUGCUCUACCAGAAGCAUUGGGAUUUUUUUUUUUUUUCUAAAAAAACAAAGCUAUGAUAACAAUAUGCAGUUUCAUGUAGAUGGCAAAUUAAACCCAUUUGGUCAUGAUUAUGGCGAUUUUUAUCGAAGCUUCAGGUUAUAAUGAUGUUCUUACAGCAGAUGUUAUAUUUUUUAAUAUAAACUGUGGAUGUUGUGACUGAAA